AAUGGCUCUCCAGCAAGUUACCCAAAUGGAACGUACAAGAAUUGCACGGAUAGAAUUCAUUCCUCGAGCAACCAAUAAUAAUGAAAAUAAUGAGUUAAGAGUUGCACCAAACGCAAAAAUUAUAAGACAGAAUAA